CAAUAAGGUGAGGGCGAUCGAUUUUCUCGCUCAGAUGCUCGUUCUCGUUCUCGUGGGGUUUCCCUCAACUCACCAUUCUUCAGGUAAGCAUUGGUAGGAUAAAGACGACGAACUCACUCCGUACUUUUAAGCAACAAGUACAAUGUCAUCAUGUGUCUGCUUUGGUGUUUGGUUAUUGUUAGUUUUCGGAGGAUCGGUAGUCGAGACCAAGACGCCCCUGUACAUAGCGGGUCUCUUUCCGCUCUCUCCUGGGGGCUGGAUUGAAAACUAUGGCAACCAAUCUCUUAUAUCAGUCUCCAUGGCCAUUGAUCUCAUCAACAACCGAUCCGACAUCCUACCCGAUCACGACCUCGUGCUUGUCUACAAUGAUUCUAAGGCUUCUAGUGGACACGCCCUGAAUGCCCUUUUCCAUCACUUGUACACACCCCCGACUAAGAUAGCAUUGGUAGGAGAAUUAUUAUCAUCUGUCACCGUUCAACUCGCGCAAGUCACUGGUUUGUGGAAAUUUAUCGAGAUGGCGUACGCAUCGUCAUUGAUCACGUUAUCUGACCGCCAUCUCUUCCCAUACUUCUUCCGUACUAUCGCUAGCAGUGCCGAGAUCAACCUGGUCCAACUCGCCAUCAUGCAGCAGUAUGGAUGGACCAAAGUGGCGAUCAUCUACGAGACCAAUGCCCUACACGCCGGGGUAUCUUCCAAUCUGCAGGCUCUAUGUGAGCAAAGAAAUAUGUCUGUUCUUGCAUCAGAAUCGUUUACACAUGACCCAUCAGACGCAGUUCAAAGGUUAAAGCAAAAAGAUGUUCGAAUAAUUGUGGGAAAUUUCUACGAGAACACUGCACGAAAGGUCUUUUGUGAGGCAUACAAGCACAACCUUUUUGGCGCCUCCUACGUUUGGUUCUUGGUGGGGUAUUACACCCCUGACUGGCAGCACCGUGUGGACCCUGGGGUAAUAGACUGCACCCCACAGCAGAUCUUAGUGGCCAGUGAGGGGUACCUUACAGCUACAUGGAGUAUGAAUGGGAGAGAAGGAAAAGUUACCAUAACAGGACGUACGCCUCAGGAGUUCCGAAAUGACAUGGCAGCCAUCUUAGGUCACGUGAUUGAUCUCAACGGUCAGGAUGUGGCGGCAAACGCUCAUGAUGCAGUUUGGGCAAUCGCAUUAGGACUUAAUGCCUCAAUCCCCGACAUAGCACCCCGCACACUUGAACAGUAUUCAUACGGAGAUCAGGAAAUGGCAGAUAUCUUCAAGGCCAACAUUGAACACGUUGAGUUUGAUGGCGUGUCGGGCCCAGUAAGUUUUUCACCUGUUGGUGAUAGGAUUGGUGUUUUUCUCGUGGAGCAGAAUAGAGAUGGUUUUGAGAGAGUGAUCGGAACUGUGCAGAGAGAUAAAUCCAUUCAUUGGUUGUUUCCACUAGCGAACAUCUGGAGAAAUAAUGAUGGAGAGCCACCUUCUGAUCAUGAUAAGACACGUAUCAUCCGUGUUUACCAGGGAGUACCUACUCUAGAAGUGAUGAUCAUUGGUAUCCUCGCUACCGCUGGUGUCCUCCUUGCUAUCUCCUUUCUCAUUUUCAACGUAGCCUACAGAAAUAUCAGAGUGAUUAAGAUGUCGAGUCCUAGAAUGAACAAUUUAAUCGUGAUUGGAAUCAUCAUCGCCUACUUGUCAGCUGUACUGUUUGGUCUUGAUUAUGACAGAAUGAGUGACGUAACCAGAAAGUACAUCUGCACGGCUCGCCUAUGGACAAUUACGAUCGCUUUCACACUCGCCUUCGGCGGAAUGUUUACCAAAAUGUGGAGAGUUUAUACAAUCGUCAUCUACAAGAAGACACAGCGAAAGGUAAUCAAGGACAUCCAGCUGUUUGCCAUCAUAGCUGCAUUCCUCAUCAUCGACCUCAUCAUCCUCAUCUUGAGAGAGAUCAUUGAUAGCUAUUACAUCAUCGAGGAAUCAACAAGAAAACCCCAGACGGCAGAGGAUAUUCGACAUGAUGUGGUGUUUGUGGAUUUUCACAAGAACUGUGUGUCAACACGCGAGACGGUCUGGUUGACAAUGCUGAUGGUUAUUAAACUAUUCGUUAUGAUUUUCGGUGCUCUCCUCGCUUGGCAGACAAGGAAUGUCAACGUGCCUGCUUUGAAUGAUAGUUACCACGUGGGACUUUCUAUUUAUAACGUCGCUAUUUGUUGUGCAGUAGCAGUGCCACUUAGUAUCUUCAAAGUGGGCAACCUUGCUGUUGCCUAUGGGUUAGUGGCUUCGUUUAUGCUCCUAUGUGCAACCACUACACUGUGCCUUCUCUUUUUCCCUAAGGCACUUGCAGUCCGUCGUGGUCUCAACAGCGUCGGGCCCGAUCACCGAAUCAAAAAUAUAUCCUCGACAAUCGAAACUUCAAGUACCCGGAAUGAGACGGCCAGGUUGAAGGCGAGAAUGCCUGUCACAUCAGCUUGAAGUAGUAUCAUAGGCAACUAGGAACAAUCUAUAACGAGUGGACUGUUCUAAAUCAUUAUACAAAAACUUUAUUUAUUUCUAGUGACUAUAUACCUGAACACAAAUUGCUGAACAUUCCUUUUAGUUGGAGGGGACUUUAGUGUUAUUUUCGUUUUAAUUCAUCAUUUUGAUCAGAUCAUACUGGGUUUCAUAAGAAUGUAAGAAUAUUUUCCUUCACGAACGACAAUGAACAAUUAUUAAUUGAACCAGGAUUUCGCAGUGUAUUCGGUAUAUUUCGGAUGAGUAUAUCUCUUUCUUUUGGUUGACCAUUUCACCAAACUGAGCUCUGUUCACUCCGACUAGUCCAAUUUCUCACACUUGCACCCUGAUUGUGUUUUUGUUUUUUUUCUGCUCAUAUUUGAAUCCGAUUACAUUUAUCUCUUUUAUUUCCAUUUUUCCAUAUUAGCCUAUUUGUUCUCUUCUUAUGGAAUAUUCUCUGUGCACUAUAUAUCACUUAUACAUUGCUCACGAUUUUACUUACCUAUACCUGUCCAACUGCACUAUCCGUAAGAUAAAUCAAAUUUGUGAUUGGAUUUUGCACCAUAUUUUAACUUUUGUUUGUGCAGAAGUCGACUAAGGUAUAUACAACAUUCAAUAUUGCUGGAUCACAUUUCACUUCUUCACUUUGUACAUAAUCAAAUCAAAACAAACUCAUUCUUCAUGUUGUCUUAAUGUCCUUUUUUCAUUCCCCGCUCCUCCUGUCGUCCUCAUAUUUAGUCCUUUCAUUAUCCUCUCUUCUAUUUGCUAUUCUGUCUUUUAUGCCAAACUUUUGUAUUUCAGUCUCAGUUCUCUAUCGCUGAUUCCCCGCCCCCUUCUUCUCUCCUCCUUGAAUAUGUCGAUUUUAUGUCAAUGCUUAAAGUCAGUGUCUAAGAAGGAGCUAUUAAACAUUGUGUUCUGAAAAACAGUAAAAAACAAAGGCUCGAAUUUCAAUUCCAUUCGACCUUUGAUUAUAAGUUCUGAUGUAUACAAGAUAGAGUAAUAGUUAUAGCAAACAUCAGUAUUGAAUUAUUAAAACACAGAGAAAUUUUGAUU